UGAAAUCUCUACUGUUGGAUAGGUAGUGCUUAUAAGUAUUUUGACUGUCACUUGAUCUGAUCUUAUGACUACUGGGUACCUCGCAGAACAUCACAGUCAUCUCUCCGUAUGCGAAGUUUCCGGAUCGAUGCUUGACAAAGCUGCGACAUCGCAACUCGUUUGAACGCACUAGUCAAUUACUACUUACUACUUACUACUUACUUCUAACUGUCCGAGACCCACCAGACCCUACUCUCGUAGGUCAUUUAAAGCUUCACGAUAGCCCCGACCCCACCACCCCUCCAUCCACCAUCCACUCCCACCACUGACGCGACGCAUUCCUCCCCAAUUGACCACAUCAUGGAGGACAAACUCGCCCAGAACCUGCCUGAGGGCAUCUUUUCGCUUUUGGACACCGAUCUUUACAAACUUACUAUGCAAUGCUGCAUCCUCAAGUUCUUCCCCGAUGUCUCCGUCACAUACAGCUUCACCAACCGCACGCCGGAGAAGAAGCUCAGCCGCGCCGCAUUCAAGUGGCUGGGCGUCCAAGUAGCCAAGCUCGAGAACGUUUACCUUACCGACGACGAAUCGCAAUUCCUCAAGAAACAAUGUCCCUACCUGAACGCGCAAUACCUGACCUUCCUAUCCACCUUCCGCCUACAGCCCUCGAAACAACUCAAACUCAUCUUCAACCCCAUAGACGACACCGGCAGCGACAGCGACGUCGGCGACUUCAGCAUACUCACAGAGGGACUGUGGGUCAACACCAUACUCUACGAGAUACCACUCCUCGCCCUGAUCAGCGAGGCAUAUUUCAAGUUCUGCGACACAGAUUGGAGCUACGCGGGGCAGGUCGAGCAAGCAUACGAGAAGGGCGUCGCAUUAUUGAAGGAAGGCUGCAUCCUCUCCGAAUUCGGCAGCCGGCGACGAAGAGACUACCAUACGCAAGACCUCGUACUCCAAGGGCUUCGGCGCGCAGCAGAAGAAGCGGCAAAGAACGGAUGGAAGGGAAAGCUCACGGGCACCAGCAACGUGCACUUCGCGAUGAAGCACGGCCUGCAGCCCAUAGGGACCGUCGCGCACGAGUGGUUCAUGGGCGUCGCGGCCAUCACGAACGACUACGAGAACGCGAACGAACUGGCGCUGGAGUAUUGGACAUCGACGUUUGGAGAAGGCGUUUUGGCCAUUGCGCUCACUGACACUUUUGGAACGCCGGCGUUUUUGAGGGCUUUCAAGAAACGGAUUCCAGCGGUCACGACCGCGAUACCAGGCGGCGCGACGACACUUGCGUCAACAGCAGCGACGACGAAUCCAGAUGUCCAAUCGCUCUCGACUACAGAGCCGCCGAUCAGCGCGCCCCUCGACCAAUCAAAUGCACAAGACAACGCGAGGAAGACAUAUGCUCAAACAUUCACGGGUGUGCGUCAGGACUCUGGCGAUCCAUUGGAGUUCAUUAGAUUGAUGCGCGAGUUCUACGACCAGGAGGGAAUCAAGGACAAGAAGACGAUUGUGUUCUCCGAUUCCUUGAACAUUGAGCUGUGCUUGAAGUACAAGGCUGCUGCCGAGGCCCAAGGAUUCCAGCCUACAUUCGGCGUAGGAACAUUUUUGACAAAUGAUUUCGUUCAGGAGUCAACAGGCAAGAAAUCCACGCCUUUGAACAUUGUUAUCAAGAUCGCAUCUGCAUCAGGGCGCCAUGCUGUCAAGAUCAGCGACAACAUCGGCAAGAACACCGGCGACAAAUCCACCGUGGCAGAGGUCAAGCAGCGGCUGGGAUACACCGAGAAGUCGUGGGUUGGUGGUGACGAGAAGACACGAUGGGGGACUGCAGAUCAGCCUGGCGCCGCCUCGUAG